GGAAGCGCCUGCAGUCGGAGGAACCGGGUGAGCGAUCUUGUGCUGGUCGACCGGGGGAUGGCUCGGGCUGCGGUGCUGGAGCGGCGCAGCGGGUGGCCGUCGCAGUGGCUGCGGGCGUUGCUGCUGCUGCAGCUGCUGCGGUGGAGGUACGCCCUGGGCGCGCUCCCUUUCGGCAGCAGUCGCCACCCGGGCUUUGCGGACCUCCUAUCGGAGCAGCAGCUGCUGGAGGUGCAGGACUUGACCCUGUCUCUGCUGCAGGGUGGCGGUCUGGGGCCGCUGUCGCUGCUGCCCCCCGACCUGCCGGAUCUGGAGCCCGAGUGCCGGGAGCUGCUGAUGGACUUCGCCAAUAGCAGCGCCGAACUGACCGGGUGUCUAGUGCGCAGCGCUCGGCCCGUGCGCCUCUGCCAGACCUGCUACCCGCUCUUCCAACAAGUCGCCAGCAAAAUGGACAACAUCAACCGAAACACCGGGAACUCCUCAGAGAGCCCGAACUGUGCCAGAAGUCUCCUGAUGGCAGACAGAAUGCAAAUAGUCCUGACGGUCUCUGAGUUUUUCAGUACUACAUGGCAGGAGGCAAACUGUGCAAAUUGCUUAACGAACGACAGUGAAGCUUUGUCAAAUAACACCGAGUAUUUCCUCAGUCUGUUUAACAAGACUCUGGCCUGCUUUGAGCACAACCUUCAGGGGCGCACAUACAAUCUUCUCUCACCAAAAAAUUACUCCGAAGUGUGUAAAAACUGCAAUGAUGCAUACAAAAAUCUGAGCACCCUUUAUAAUGAGCUGCAGAAAAUGAACGGGCUUGAGAAUAAGGCUGAACCGGGCACGCACUUGUGCAUUGAUGUGGAAGAUGCAAUGAAUAUCACCCGAAAGCUCUGGAGUCGGACCUUCAACUGUUCGGUCACCUGCAGUGACACGGUCUCUGUAGUCGCUGUUUCUGUGUUCAUCCUCUUUCUGCCCGUUGUCUUCUACCUUAGUAGCUUCCUUCACUCGGAACAAAAGAAACGCAAACUCAUUCUACCCAAACGUCUCAAGUCAAGUACCAGUUUUGCCAACAUUCAAGAAAAUUCCACCUGAAACCUGCAAAGCGUGGACUCGACCUCACAUGGCGUGAGUGGGUGGUUGGACCACCGUGUGGUCAGGAGACGAUGAGCGAGGAUCUGACACAGCACCUUCUUAUGAAAUGUCAGCGCUACAUAUUUAUAAUUUAUUCUGAAUGACAGUUUUCACAUUUCCCUUCCCUGCCCAUCCUUUUGUAAAGAUUUCUGUAUUUUUAAGUUUCAGAUACAGUAGUGUUACAUAUUCUAAGGUGUAUGUGUUAGAGUAGCAGUGAGGACUUUGUUUUUGCGGGUGUAUGACUACUUGGCACUCCUGAUAUCUCCUCAUUGACACUUCAAAGUCCACAGAACCCAGGCCGCUGGAGACUGCCAUAUACACAUUAGCCACUAUAGCCGACCCAAAUGGCAGCCGGCCCAAGGAGUAACGUAAAUGACUUCCCAUUGCAGUAUUAUUGUGUAUGUGUAUGUAUAAAUAUUUAAUAUAUUAUACAUUGAAAUAAUGCACUCUCUAGUUUCCCUGGAGUCAUUUUUGAAACCACUAAUUAUAAACCUCCUUAACAAUUUUCAGGCAUGAUGAGCCAACAUCGUACAUUUGUCUUUGUUAAAAGAUGUAUGGUAACUGGUUUUCUUACUUGACUUUUAUAAAUAGUAUUUUACAUCUUAUUUUUGCCUUUAUUUCAUAAGUAAUUUAAAAUCACUGGACUUCUCUAUUAGCUUCAGGACAGGAUGGGUUUAUUUUAUGCCGUGGAUUUACAUUGUGAAUUUCAUUAAAUUAUUUGGCGACUUGUAACUUAUUCUUUAAAUGAAAUGUAGUACAAGUGCAUCACACUGUAUUUAAGUUGUGUUUUUUAAUGAAAAUUUCAUCUUGGAAUAUUUGGAGAGUUGGGGAGAGGUGAAGGAGGAAUACUGGAGCCUAAAGUUGAAGGAGCGGACAGGGAGGAGGGGUGCUCACUGAGCAGGCACUGUAUAGUUUAUAGGGGAGGUGAGCUGGGUGAGUCUCACACCGGAAGCUCUUCAGCCAAGGUGAUGUCCCCUCCGAUUACGUAAAGGAUGAAAGCGAUAUGACGGAAAUGAAAUCACAUGUUUCCCUCUCAGGAAACAAGGUCUACUUCGGAAUAUUUCCAUCAACCUUUCAAACAAUGUUUUGUUUCAGUAUCAUUCAGUUUUAUUUCUUGGGAUAUAAGAGUUGAUGAUCUUGCUUGUUAAUUCUGUUUCUGGGUGGGGACAGGUUGUAAAUUUGGAGGCUCCCCUGGCUGACUGCUGAGUCUGAAGGCCCUUCCAGACUGUAAUGCACUCUAGGAGGAGAAGGGAGUGUUUCGUGGAUUCUGUUUUACGGCACAUGCCGCGUGUGAGAGCAGGCUCAUCCUCGGGUGUGACAAUCAGAUGAUGCUGUCCCAGCUUUCUCACCCGCUGGGACCCGCUCCAGUGUGCUGCUGCGGUUUGCUGUGCUGUCACUGUUCCUGCUGCUGUUACUAAGGAUGCUGUCUGGAAUGGAAGCCCGUGGCUGAGGGCCAUUGAAGGCAAUCUUCAUUAAUGCAGACAAAACCAGUUUACGUGUUAGCAAGGUGACACAUUUGAAGGGUGUGUAGUGGCUCCUUGAGCCCCCUUCAUUCCUGUGUGCAAACCGUUGCUUUUGGAUAAAAAGCUGACGAGCAUUUCAGCAAGGUCCUCGCUCCCUAUAAGUUGCAUCAGAAAUAGAUUUGAAAAACAUAUGCUAAGUGUUCUGCAGAAGUGCAUAAGAAUUUCAUCUGAUGGUCGUGAAAAAUGUACACACAGGGCUAUGUAUGUGACGAGAAAACCUUUUUCCUUAUGCUUUACAAUAAAGGAAAUGCC